AUGAGCAAGCCUAGACGUAUCUCUAAUCAAAAUAAACAAGGCUGGGCCGAGGAUGGCGAUGGCCAAAAGAGUAAAGCAGACGUCUUUGUCGAUUCGACUGCACUUGUCACCGAUCCACAAAUUAUACGCAUAUUCUCAGUCUUGCAAUCAAAGUCCCCAAAGCUGGUCAAGGCAUGGCUCUGGGUUCUUGCGUUGGCGAUAUUCUGUGCCUGGCUAGCCUCUUUCACUUACGCCGUGUUCAUCAGUGCAAAUCCAGUCCCGCGUUUCUACGAUUUUUCGCCCAGUAUCACAGUCCGUGUGGUCAACACUGCUUCUCACGCUGCAGUAUACUUGGCUGGGUGUAUGGUAGAAGCGGUAUUUGACGCUGUCUGCUGGGCGGUGAUUUCUGGUAGAAGAGGAGCUUCACUCACGACUUUUCUCGCCACGAAGAAAGAUACGGGAAUUGGAACUGUGGCGUCACUGUUCUUGACGUAUGGAGGACACCAGCUAUGGUGCAUUCUGAGGUAUUUCAUGGCAUAUAUCGACUCACACAAAGCUUUGAAUACCCUGACGUUUUCGGGCAGGCUCACUCUCAUGGUCAGUGGUCGGCUCAUAGGCUUGCCACUUCUCAGCGGCUUAUCCUACAAAGACGUCUAUUAUCCCAGCCAAGUGGUCUCUGUCGUCGGAGGGAUCGCUCCUCUCCACGAUUCAGUCGUCGCAUUAGAAAAGGCCAGUUAUGGUGGCUCGCAACCCACUUUCCAAGAAGCAAGCAUAAACACAAUGCUCAUAAGCUCGACCAACAGCAUCCUCACCGACCCCAAGUUUGUUACCAGCGUUGCUCCGAUAUCUCCGAACUGCCGGGGGCCGGACUGCAAAUCUUUGUUCCUGCCUGGAGGCUUGGAACUGGUCCUCAGAGCGGAUGGGACGACUCUGUUUGACGGGAAAGAACCGGAUGACCCUGUCAUCAUUGUCCACGAUGCUCCAGGUUACCAGAUAGAGUUCUUGCCACAGGGCUUUACGUUCAAUACCGCUGUCGACUGUCAAGUCUAUGGCCUGCCCGUCUCUGCCCUUUAUGCAUGUGUGGCAGGUCGUAACAACACAAUAUUUAGCGGGUUCACAAUCUGUCCUUUCGACUUGAUGAGUAGCGGCGCUUGUCAAUCGGACUUAUCAUGGACAAAAGAUCUCCAAGCGUCUGUCGCCAUGAUCAUCUACCAGCGAACGUCGACCGUCGCAUACGACCGGUCCAACUUUUCGAUCCUGAGUGUCGAAUCCUUGGGGCCUGCGAAGGUGACCAGUGACGAAGACUCGGUCGCCGACUUACAAAAGCUUUUCUCCAUCAUGUACCCUCAGUUGACGACCAUCCUCGAGGACAUUGAGACGUCGGUUGUCAAGUUUGACUCGUCACAGGCGUGGACGGACCUCGCCUAUUUGGCCUCUGUGUACUGCCUCCAGGCUGAAAUCACCGCGGCCGAGCUGUUCCUCAAUCACGGCUAUCCCAGCUGGACCAACGGCCAUAGGGACAUCUUGGAAGGAUUCCUGGCCAUCCCGGUCCAGUUCGGAACUCUUCUGCUGCAGGAGAUUGACAAGACAGUUCUCCUCACUGGCGGCAUGACCACGACGGCAUCAUUCGCCCGAGUCUCUUUCCGUGUGAGAUCGGAACCCUGGGCCCUCGUCAUGUUUACGUCCGUCGUAUCCGGCCUUGUUAUGUGUGCCGUCUUGCCCCUGCUGUACGCUCACUGGGCGGCAGUACGGCGCAAUGCUGGACCCGAGCUCUCCCCAACCCUUCGCGCCGCCUUUGCAAACGGGAACCCGUUCGACGCGUCGCCCCCGGACAUGUGGCCAUCCCUGACCAGCUGCCUGUUCGGCCGCUGCCGUCACAAUCGCGGAAAAUACUCCACCGCCCUUCAAAGCCCAACGCCGGGCGGUGGGAAUAAUACUCACGUGGUUGCGCGGAGGGUCGCUGACGAGGUCCUAAUCGCCGUCGACCGAGACCAAGAUAAGCUGGAUCACGGGAGUAAAACUACUGUGCCGGGCUGGGAGAAAGGCGGCUUUGGUUCCUGGCCUGUUGGUUCACCGCCUUGA